AAUUAUUAAUUAAAUUCAACUGAUGGAAGGAUUUAUUCAGGUACUGAGAUUUUUGAGGGUCCUAACAGUAUAAAAAAUUUCAACACAAGACUCACAGAGUUUAUAAGCGCCACAGUCAAGAGUCACACGAUGUACAUAGGAUUCCUGUGCAUCACUUUAGCGUUGGUGUUACUGUGCGAAGUUUCCUCCAAAAAAGACUUUCGUGGAGAAACACAAAAGGAAAAAAAAGUACAUUUGAAGGACAUUUUUGGUGGAAGAAUGAAGAGACAGUUAGAAGAGCUUUGUCAACAGUCAACUGCAGGUUGCAUCAUUCAAUCUGAAUUCUCCGAAAAUAGUGCGCCAAAUAAAAAGAAGAGAAAGAAGAGCAAGAAGGAAAGAAAAAAGAGUAAGAAAGGAAAGAAAUACAAAAGGCAGAUGUCAACUUCAGGCGAAAUAGAUCAAGAAAUGGAUGAAAGCUGUCCUUAUCUGGAUCCAUUAACAGACGAUGAAGAUCAUGAAGAAGAUGAUGGUAGCGAGUGUCCGAAAACUCAGCAAAUAAUCAGCGAUUAAGGCAUUAUCUUCAAUUCCUCAUUCAGGCUUCUUUUUCCGCAGUUUUUUUUUUUCAAUUGCAGCCUUACUUAUGAGGAUAAAUUCGGUAUACACUUCGUGAAGUUUAUACCAAAUUAAAAAAUUAAAGUGUAAUAAAAUGUUAUCAAUGAUUUCAAUUAAA